AUGUCAUUAAUUAGUACUCCAUUUAGUGAUUUAGGAAUUGAUCUUGGUUCAACUUAUAGAUUAGGUCAUCCUGAAAAUGAACAGUUAAUACGUCGAAUUUAUCCAAAUUUUGCAAGUGAUUAUAUGAAAGAAAGUGAUAUGUUAGUGAUUUUUACGCAUUAUUAUUAUCUUAAAAUGCGUAAAGACGUAAUUACAACAGAAAUUGGUCGUUCGCUAUUUGCAACCGUUCAUGGUGUGCGAUAUAUCGAAUGGACAUUGCAUGUAAGAAAAAAAGGACGAGAAUUUAUGAUUACAUUAGUACGACAAACUGAUGUUGACAUUCAAGGAGAAUUUCGAGUGCAAUUUCGUGCACAGUCAAAAACAAGCAGAAGAAUUGAAUGCUUCCCAGCACAUUGGCAACAAUUAAAUCAUCGUGUAGAAUUUGUUCCACAUUAUACGGAAACAUUAACAAAAUUAUAUGAAAAUGAUGAAUUUAAUUGGGGUCAAUUAAAAAUUGAAAUAAAAUUAGCAUUUGCAAUAAAUGAUUUCAAUUAUGUCGUACCAAAAGUUAAUUUAUUUCCAUUACUUCAAUUAAAACCGCAAGAUGAAACUGAUGAACGAUUUAAAGCAUUCAAAUUUGUUGAAAAAGCUGCUGAACCAUUCUAUUAUGUUGAAUGCAUCGAUGAAACAUUAUUAUAUAAUCGGCAUUGUUUAUACAUAACAUGCAGAUAUUUUCAUGAUUACAUGGAUAGUAAUCCGGAAGGAAAUUCAGUCAGUUUGGAAUUUAAAUCAGCAACAGUUGAGCAGGUAUUAUCAUUUGCAUUUACUGGCAUGUGUGAUGUGAAAUAUUUUGGUGGAAGUUUUAAUUCCAGUGAUUUUAAUAAUUAUGAAAAAUUUCUUGCUUGCUUGAAUUUAUUAAAACCACUGAUGUAUAAGGAAUUGUUACAAAUGCAUGACGAUGAUUUUUGUCGCAUCUUUCAGAAGCUAUGCAAUACACCACAACCACCAUGUGAAGCUAAUACACUUCAAUUUUUACGACUUGCAAUAAAAUUUGGUUUUCCGAAACUUGAAGCUUGCACAAUUGCGCGAAUUGUUGCAGUAUUUCCUGAUACAUAUUCUUUGCACUUAAAUGUUAACGAGCAACCAAAAAUCAUAGAUGAAAUGAUUCAAGCUCGACAUGAUUAUGAGAUGUAUGUCGAGAGUGAUGACUGGGCUAAUUAUACGAAACCACAGCUUUCACCUUUGGAACGAAUUGAAUUAUUAAAGGCUAAGUGUAAACAGGUGCAUAAAUGGAUUGGCCAAGGUUUAAUGUCUGAUGUACCGGAACCUGGUUUACCAUCAAUGGAUUCUGAAGAAGAGAAUCUUUUUGAAAAUUCUCUAUUUCUAAAAGCAUUACCAACGGAAGAAUUAGAUUAA